CACCACUUUGCGCACCUACUUGUACGCCUCCUUCUACUCAGACUGGCUAGUCAUGCCAUCAUGUUGGAGCUCCGAACCGGCCUAUCGUGGCAUGUUGGGACUAUGACGCAGGGCGUGCCGGGAUACAAACAAGUGUCAAGCUAAUCUGGCUCACCGCACGUUCUGUUCACGAACACCCAUCUACUAGAAGCCAGUCCAACUUCACAAAGACGCUCCCCGUUACGAAUUGCCCUCAGACACGACCUUCGACAUCGCAAUGGCUACGUACGAGCCCCAGAGCCCCGCCAUCCUCCAGUCCCCGCCCCUCGAUAUUACCGUCCCGUACGACGCUGCCUGGGUCAAGGACAAGGUCAUACUUAUAACAGGGGGAGCAAGUGGCUUCGGCGCAGGCUUUGUGCGGCACUGGGCGAAGCAUGGCGCUACCGUCGUCAUUGGCGACGUCAAUGUGCAAAAAGGCGACGCUCUGUGUCGGGAGAUCAACAAGGAAGUUGCAGGUAACAACAAAGUACACUUUGUACAUUGCGACGUGACGGACUGGCAAUCGCAGGUCAAUCUGUUCAAGGCGGCUGUCAAGCUCAGUCCACACGGCGGCAUAGACUGCUGCGUCGCAAAUGCAGGCAUUGCAGGCCCCGACGUGAUGCAGAAGGGGAGCAAUCUCGACGCGGCAGAACCGCCUCCGCCUGCGUUCAAAAUCAUCGACGUGAACCUCACUGGCGUCCUCUACACCACGCACCUCGCCUGCUUCUGGCUACCCAAGAACCCGGGGUCGUCGCCUAGCAGCAUCGACUCGAAGCCCUCAUCCUCCUCACCACGCGACCGCCAUCUUCUCCUACUAGGCUCCAUGGCCUCGCUCGCCCCCAUUGCCAUCCAGCCACAAUACUGCGCUGCAAAACACGCGGUGUUGGGGUUAUUCAGAAGCCUGAGGGCCACAAGCAGCCUCCAAGGGAUACGCAUCAACCUCCUGUGCCCCUACUUCAUCGACACGCCCAUGGUAACUACGCCUGCACGUUUGGCGCUUGCGGGAGGCGGCCUGGGCAAACCAGAAGACGUCGUCGAGGCAGCGACGCGAUUUGUCUCUGAUUCACGCAUCCUUGGUCGCGCACUCGUGAUUGGGCCCAAGAUGCAUGUUCGGCAAACAAGGACAGGCGAGUGGGAAUUGGAUACACCUGGAGCACCAGGCAGCAUCGAAACGGCUGUCUUCGAGCCAUAUGUGGAUGACUGGGAAGACCAAGAGGCCUGGAAUCGCAAUUUCGUGCGCUUGUUGAACGGGGUACAGGCUGCGAGAGGGUGGGUUGGGUGGGCGCAGGAUGUUGGCAAGGCCAUUUUGAACGGAUUUGGCCUUGUGCGAUGA